GGGUGUGUGUGUUACUGGGUGUGUGUGUUACUGGGUGUGUCCUGGUGAAUCAGGUUCUCCCUUCUCGUCUUUUCUUCUCUGUCUCUGUUGGAACAUUGACUCGUUCACAUGGAUCCUUUCAGCUUCAAAACGUUUCUUCUCUUUGUCUGUUUGAUCGGCUGCGGCUCGGCUCAGGACAUCCUCCCGGAAGGCCCGGUGGAUGCGGUGCUGUCUCGGGACAUCGUCCUGACAACGCUGCUCACCAAACCAGAUUAUACUGCUAUCUUCUGGAGCUUUAAUGAUGGAAUCGAGGUGACAAAUGUGGCCACCAUGUCGGCCGCGGGGCUGAAGUUGAAGCCGGCUUACGAAGGGCGUGUGACCCUUAAUGCGACCAACGGCUUCCUUACCCUGAAGUCUCUGACGUCAAAGGACAGCGGAGAAUAUACCAUCAAUAUUUUGUUCAAUGACGGAAACACGAGAACAGCCGAGAUCGAACUGCGAGUCCUGAAGCCGGUGUCUGGCGUCAUCAUUAAGUCAAACAUGCCAGAGGCCGUGGAGCACAACAGCACCGUCAUCCUCACGUGCUCGGCUCAGGGCUCCUUCCUCAACUUUAUCUGGACCAAUGGCUCCACCCUCAUCGUCGCUGAUGGAAAACGACUCACGGUUAAAGACGAGGAGAUGACCAGCACACUGACCAUCGCAGGUGUUCUCAGGUCGGAUCUGAUUGGUCCAAUCUUCUGCACCGCUGCUAACAAUCUGGAGAAAGAGAAAAGCCCUGCCUUCAACCUCACAGUCCACUAUGGUCCAGACAAUGUGAUUAUCUCUCCUGCCUCGACGCCUCAGUUCAUCAGGGCGGGCUCUAACUUCAGUCUAGCGUGCUCCGCCCUCUCGUCUCCGCCCGCCACCUUCAGCUGGUUCCAGAACCAAAAGGCGAUGGAGGUGUUGGGACCCGUUCUCUCUCUCGGGGCGAUCGAAAAGCUGGGCUCAGUGACGAAGGUGGAGGACUUCACCUGCAGGGCGCAAAACGCCAAGACCCUGCGCAACGUCCCGUCUCCCGCUGUGUCCUUUGCUGUGAUGGAUGCCAUCUCUGGCACUAAAAUCACCGGUCCGACCGUGACGCUCAUCGCUGGCAACAGCACAGCCAACCUGAGCUGCCAGGCGAUGGCCGGCACCGUGAAGACCACGACCUGGCUGAAAGACGGCAAACCCCUGUCCACCAGCUCCCACCUGGUAUUCGCAGCUAACAUGAGGUCCGUGAUUAUCAACCCGCUGCAGAAAGGGGACCGCGGACAGUACACGUGUCAGCUCUCCAACCCCGUCAACACCGACCAAGCCUCGUUCAAGAUGGAGGUCAACUUUGGUCCUGAAACAGCGAUGGUGGAAGGCAAAGAGGCUGUGGAGGUGAACGAACCCAUCACACUCACUUGCUCUGCAGAGUCCUACCCAACCGCCAACUUCACCUGGAAGUUUAAUGGCACAGUGACCGACGUGAAGACUGACAAGUACAUCAUCAUGGAGGCCAAGUACAAGAACACUGGAACGUACACGUGUGAGGCACACAACACUGUCACCGGGAAGACCGCCACAGGUAGCCACAAGCUGUCCGUCAAAGAGGAGGGAGCGUUGGAUGAAGGUCUCUCAGACGGCGCCAUCGCUGGAAUCAUAAUUGCCGUCCUUGUCGCUCUUGCUGCCGCCAUUGGAUUGAUCAUAUACUGUCGACAGAAAGUUCCGGUCGAGUCUCCGUAUUAAAGACAGAUGCAGGCUGAAGAUACUGCGACAGACAUCUGAUCAUUUUGCUUCCCAUGAUCCACCUGUGCAGCUGGGAGGCGUAUCCUCAUGGAACCAGCCGGUUUCCUUUGAAGUUCCUGUCAAACCAGUUUUCCCAUCACCCUCCCCCUCUCUUUGUUGCCGUUGGCAAGAGUGAAAACUUGACCUUUUAAUUUGAAUGUUUUGUUUAAACUCAGUUGAUGAUUCUGUGUUUGAAUCUUCACUGUUUAUCAUCGUUUUUUUAACCGUCGUCUUCGUGACAAACAUCAGUGGAUCAUCACCCCUCCCCCACCCUGGUUCAGUGCCUCCUUACACAGAUGGAGACGUUUCCUUUGCAGUCUGCAAAAGAAACGUCGACACAAUGAGUGUUUAUCCUGAAACCUGAGAACACACACACACACACAAACACACACUCUGUGGUUUGAUUUAUCACUAUCACUGAUCUGGAGUUUUCUAACUCACCUGUUUGUUCUACACUGCACCUCUUUAUAAACAUCCCAUGAAAAAACAUUGUCAUUGAAUAUAUUCAGACUGUGGCGUCAAUAAUCACUAACGAUAACCAACAUAUAUUAAUACAAGAAGUAUAAUAUAAUCAAUGAUAAAACUAUUAUUUUCUUUAAAAAACUGAGAUAAAAAUAUGAUAAAAAACUAAUAUUAAUAAUAAUAUAAUCAUAAACUGAUAUUUAGUGAUGAAAUGAUGUUAAUGAUUCAUAAUUGAUUAUAUCGUAGAAUUAACUUUGAAAUAUCAGUCGUGUCUUUAAUAAUUAUUAUUCAAGACAAUAAAAACGUUUUUAAAAAUAAAUAUAUGACAAUAUUAUCGUGAUAAUAUCGUUAUCAUGAUGAUAUUGUACGUGAAAUUUGAUGUCAUGUCUCAUCAGUUAACAGCUAAAGAUUUAAAUUUAAUUCAUUUCAUAAAGACAGCAACAAAGAAACAAACUGUAAAACAAAACCGAUUAAAACUAUGUGAAAAAAACGUCUUCAUUAAAUAAAGAGACGUGUCUCUCCUUGAUUUCUCAGCUGUGACUCUGGUUUUCUUCAUCUGGAUGGUUCAGCAUUGUUUUCACUGUUUGAAUCAUCGGUGGAGACGAGCGUGGACAUGCACAGACGAGUCAGCGACAUGAAGGUGAAGAAAACCAAAGACAAAAAGGCGGGAAGGUGUGAGUGGGCGGUGACGUAGUCUGAGGUUCGGAGCGAAAAUUUUGUUGGUGCUUUGAUUGAAAAAGUUUUAAACCGAAUGAAAAUAUUUCACUCGACGUCUGAAUAGAAAGAAAAUAUUUGAAGUUCAGGUUUUAUUUUAUUUGUUGAGUUUUCUGUUUCAAACCUAACGAUUUUGGUUUUGGGCCGAUGAUAAUUUUAUCGUUUGUGAUUUCAGACUUGAACGUGCACUGAUCUCCAAUAAGAAAAGUAUUUAUUUUGUUUAGUUCAAAUCAAAAACCAGAUAAACUGGAGCUGAAGAUCGUAACCAGACUGAAUGUUCAAACUGAUUAAAUUUUCACUUUUCACCCUGGAAUAUUUUUGAAAAAGUAUUUAAAUUAUGUCACAUUGAACAGGAAGUGAUGUCAUAACAACACUGCAGCGACUCAGUCAACCUUAAAGAGAAGCAACGCUCGCUGUCAAUCAUCAGAUGAAAUGAAUGUGUUGUAUUUUGCUUCAUGUCGUUUGUUAACAUUGAUGUGAUCAGUGACACGUUUCCUGAUGUUUACAGGUUCUGACAUAAAAAUAUACUGUAAAAAAAUAACAUAAAGGUUGGAAAUAUUUUACUAA